GCUUUUUUUUUUUUUUUUCCUUUUUUGUGGAGACCCUUUGAAUCCCUAUGUUUGCUGUACAAUAAAGAAGGAAAUGGGGAAAAAUAUAGAUGAUCUCUUCAAAGAUUUUGUGAGAGAUCCCUUGGCAACAGCGUCGAUUGCACAAGUACACCGUGCAACAUUGAAUAAUGGGCAUGAGGUGGUUGUUAAGGUUCAGCAUGAGGGCAUCAAGGAAAUCAUAUUGGAGGACUUAAAGAGUGCAAAGUCUAUAGCAGAGUGGAUAAUGUGGCUGGAACCUAAGUUUAAUUUGAAGCCCAUCCUAGAGGAAUGGUUUGUUGAACUUCCAAAAGAACUUGAUUUCAACAAUGAAGCUGAGAAUACUAGAAAAGUUUCUAGAAAUCUUGGGUGCAAAAAAUGUCCCAGGGAUAACAUGUCCUCCAAUCAAGUGGAUGUUCUAAUUCCAGAAGUCAUUCAGUCAACCGAAAGAGUUCUCAUUUUAGAGUAUAUGGAUGGGAUUCGUUUGAAUGACUCUGCAUCUCUAGAAGCUUUCGGUGUUGACAAGCAAAGAAUUGUUGAAGAAAUCACUCGUGCAUAUGCCCACCAAAUAUUCAUUGAUGGAUUUUUUAAUGGUGAUCCUCAUCCCGGGAAUUUCCUUGUGAGUAAGGAAGCUCCACACCGUCCAAUUUUGCUUGACUUUGGAUUUACAAAGAAAAUAUCGAGCUCUCGGAAAAAAGAACUAGCAAAACUGAUAUUGGAACCUUUCAAGUUUGAUGCCAUUCCUGCUGAUAUUACAAUAUUUGCACGGACUCUUGAUCUUCUUCGAGGGCUCUCCCCAUCGGAUGGCUCAAAAGUAUUGUUCAAUAUCCUGAGAUCAUUUGCUGAAGUUGUUUUAGUACGAAACAUUGAUAAGUCAAUUGCAGCAAGUUCACAGUGGAUCUACAACACACCAGUUCAUUCUGAUGUGGAGGCCAAGCUAAGGCAACUAAUAGUUGGGCUUGGGGAUAAUGGAAAAAUACUUGGAAUGCAGGUAUGCGCCUAUAAAGAUGGAGAAGUCAUUAUUGACACUGCUGCUGGAGUGCUUGGAAAGUACGAUCCUUGUCCAGUUCAACCUGAUAGUCUUUUCACUGUAUUUUCUGUGACAAAGGGUUUUACGGCAGGAAUGUUACAUUGGCUGGUAGAUAAGGGCAAACUUAAGCUGGAGGAAAAUGUUGCAAAUAUUUGGCCGGAAUUUGGAGAGAAUGGGAAGGAGCUUUUGAAGGUUCAUCACGUGCUUAAUCAUACAUCUGGAUUACACAAUGCACUGCUUGACCUUAUAAAAGAAAAUCCUUUCCAACUGGCGAAUUGGGAGGAAUGUUUGAAUAGGAUUGCUAUGUCUGUACCUGAGACUGAACCUGGCCUGAAGCAGUCCUAUCAUUAUCUGUCUUUUGGCUGGAUUUGUGGUGGAAUAAUAGAGCAUGCAUCUGGAAAGAAUUUCCAGGACGUUCUUGAAGAAGCAUUCAUUCGCCCUCUUAACAUUGAAGGAGAGCUAUAUAUUGGAAUUCCUCCCGGUGUGGAGUCCCGACUCGCUACACUUACACUCGAUAAAGAUGAUCUCAACUUGCUCUCUGACAUGGGUUCCAACAAUGAUCUUGAACUCCCUUCUACCUUCCAGCAGGAGGGCAUUUUCCAAUUUGCCAAAAUUUUACCCUUUGUGUUUAACAUGCCAUAUACUCGUUGUGCCAUCAUACCUGCGGCAAAUGGGCACUGUUCAGCUCGUGCACUUGCACGCUACUAUGCAGCCUUGGUUGAUGGUGGUGUGGUCCCACCCCCGCAUUCCUCUCUUUCCAAACCACUACUUGGAAGCCAUCCCCACAUCCCCAAAGUUGUGUCCGAGGCUGAGGUGGUGGAAAAUAAGCCAAAUGACAAUGGAAGUAACGGGGUAGUUGUCAACGAUGCUUGCAGCAGCAGCAGCUGUAGUAAAAAUAAAAGUGACAGCAUUACAAUUACAGUUGAUUGUGAUUCUCACAAGGACAUUCAUGGAAAGAUUUUCAGCAACAGUAAGAUUCAUGAUCAAUUGCUAGGUGUAGGUGAAUGUGGCAAUUUGGUCUUUCCAAAUGGGCUGUUUGGACUAGGAUUUCACAGGUUUGUAUCUGAGGACGGGUCAUUCACCGGGUUUGGACACUCCGGCAUGGGUGGAUCAACCGGUUUCUGUGAUAUUAAAAACAGGUUUGCUAUUGCUGUCACCCUGAACCAGUUAUCAUUUGGGGGCGUGACUAAAAAGAUUGUUCAGCUUGUUUGUUCCGAAUUAAAUAUCCCAUUGCCCAAGGAGUUUGCAGGAUCAAGUGAGAAUGGUGAACGGGAUAGCCCUCUUAUUAACUAAAGAGGUGACCGAUACUUCAGUUUUAGGCUUUUCACAUUAUUACCUGUGUGAAUGUCAAAAGAAUUUUUUCCUCUUUCUUUGCAAAUUUUAGUUUAGUCCUCCUGUGGCCGUGGAGAUAGAAGUAUUGAGAGGGCAGUAUGCAUGGGCAGAUAUGAUAUUUGCUCAUUAACCGUUUGUGCCAUGUCAUUAAUUUCUGU